CUUGUCCUCUUACCACCACCAUAAAUCAGAAAUGGCCACUCAAUUGUGAUAUCCUGCGUCUACAACGCACUCAACGUCUAUUUCCAAUGGACCUGCACUUUACUUGAAAGCUAUCUUUCAAGCUCCCAACCCUUUUUCCUAUGUCUUCGUAAAUUUGCUCGUCAGAUCCCCUCUGACCUAGUCGCCCACCAUGGCCUUCGUUCAAACAACCUCGAAAAACAACAAACAACUCCCCGCUUAUACUUGUACCGAUUAUCGAGUAUUUAUCGCUCCAUCGUUCGUAUUUAACCAUGACAACUAUCCAACAAAAGUCUACCAAAAGUUUAAUGACGGGAGACACAUCAUCAAUCCUGAAAAUGACCGAAACCCCAACCGCCCCGUUGGCUGGCGAAGUUCCUUCGUACGACAUAUCUAGUGUGGUCGAGACGCUGCUAACUUCCCCCCAGUUCCAAAAGUCCGCUCGAUUCGAUGACUUCCUCGUUUCUCCUUUACUUUCUCCCUGCGACGAGUUCAACAUGUCGCCCUCCACCAAUAAUUCCCCUCUCACUCCUAACCUUGACACACCGAUCAUGAACGAUCUGUCUGAUGACUUUGGAAUUUACGGCUCCGAAUAUACGGGCGUUCCAUUGUUUAGUGACAGCUCCCUGUCAAUGUAUCAGCUCCUCGAAUCACCGGAGUUGGCGGAAGAGGUACUAUUCAAGGCUUACGAGCUGCCAAAACUCGUACCAGAACUUACCUCAGCAUCUGCUACUACUUCCGAUAUCGUAACCCCCAUUUCACUCGACGGAAGUACUACCGGGAACCCUGCAGUACCCACAACAUCUGAUCCUGCCCCCAAAACGGGCAAAGGUCGGAGGUCCAAUGCUACAGGAACCCGGAAGAAUGUAACUCCAGAGUCCCUUGUCCCUGUCGAUGCCCCGAUUCAGGCGAGGAAGUAUGCUACACCUUCAGCGACCUCCCGCAAGGAAAUUCCUGCUGCGUUUUUGAAGUCUCAGAAACGCAAGCGCUCCAGGAUACAGGCGUUCGGUGAUGACGAAAUACCAAAUCCAUCUGUUGGUGGUGCGCUUUCCCCUGAAGAUGACGCGGCGGAAGAACAGCCGCCGCUCAAUGCCACAGAAAAGGAGCUCAUCGAGUGGAAGCGUCGUCAGAACACUUUGGCGGCGCGAAAGAGUCGGAAGAGGAAGCUGGAACAUCAGCAGUUCCUUGAGACUCGUGUGAAGGAUUUGGAGACGGAGAAUGAGAUGCUCAAGGUAAAAUCAGAAGCUCUCGAAGCAGCCCUCAGGGCGCACAAUAUUUUUCUACCACCGAUAGAGGCGUAGAUUGGUACGUUUCAGCACUUGCCUAUUGACUGUUUUUCCGUGGUGCUGGUAAUUUUGAUAAAUCGCUUCGUUGCACGUUUUUUCAGAAAUAAACCAAAAAAAAAGUUCAUGUCCAUUAUCUUUAUCUCAGUAUUUUCUAUCUUUCUUCUCUCCUUCUAUUUGUAUCAUUACUCGUAUCCAACUACCACCAUCUUUUACCAGUAUCCAACUACUUCUGCAGUCGUCUUUUUAGUUGUCCUUUUUCGCCAUUAAUGCAAGUGUUUUUCAUCUUUCGGCCGAACGCGCCGAUAAAUCUCCCUUUUUGUAAUGUGACAUGUCACUGACGCUAUAGCCAAGUGGUUACGGCGACAGAUUUGAAUUUGCAUAUCUGUUCCUCUUUG